UGGCUGUUGUUUGGAAAAAAAAGCAAUACAGCCUCACCUACUCAUCUUAAUCUCUGUCUGUCAUUCUCUUUUCAGGAAAUCAAACCUCAGAGUCAUUACAACCACGGCUACACCGAGACUGUCAGCCGUAAAAACCAUGUUGACGACUACAGCACCUGGGACAUCGUCAAAGCCACACAGUACGGCAUCUUCGAGCGCUGCAGGGAGUUGGUGGAGGCGGGGUUCGAUGUUAGACAGCCAGACAAAGAAAACGUAACGCUCCUCCACUGGGCCGCCAUCAACAACAGGAUAGACUUAGUCAAGUACUACAUAUCAAAGGGAGCCAUAGUGGACCAGCUGGGAGGAGACCUGAACUCCACACCUCUGCACUGGGCCACCAGACAAGGCCAUCUAUCCAUGGUGGUGCAGCUCAUGAAAUACGGCGCAGACCCGUCUUUGAUCGACGGCGAGGGAUGCAGCUGCGGUCAUCUGGCCGCCCAGUUUGGCCACACCUCCAUCGUGGCCUACCUAAUCGCCAAAGGACAGGACGUGGACAUGAUGGACCAGAACGGCAUGACUCCUCUGAUGUGGGCGGCUUACAGGACGCACAGUGUGGAUCCAACCCGGCUGCUCCUGACCUUCAAUGUUUCUGUCAAUCUGGGCGACAAAUAUCACAAGAACACAGCGCUGCACUGGGCCGUACUGGCUGGUAACACCACUGUUAUCAGCCUGCUACUGGAUGCUAACGCUAACGUCGAUGCACAGAACAUCAAGGGUGAAACCCCGUUAGAUCUCGCCAAGCAGAGGAAGAACGUUUGGAUGAUCAAUCACUUACAGGAGGCACGGCAGGCCAAAGGCUACGACAGCCCGUCCUACCUGAAGAGACUUAAGAUGGACAAGGAGUUCAGGCAGAAGGUGAUGCUGGGAACGCCCUUCCUGGUCAUCUGGCUCGUUGGAUUCAUCGCUGACCUGGACAUCGACUCCUGGCUGAUCAAGGGCCUCAUGUACGCCGGUGUCUGGAUCGCCGUGCAGUUCCUCUCCAAGGCUUUCUUCGACCACUCCAUGCACAGCGCUCUCCCUCUGGGGAUCUACCUGGCCACCAAGUUCUGGAUGUACACCACCUGGUUCUACUGGUUCUGGAACGAUAUCCUUUACU